CCGCGUCAGCAGACACUCCACGCCAAUCCGAAACGCUCCUUUUGGACAAUUUCUAGGUCGGAGUGGAUUGUUAAUAUUCUGUUUUUUCAGGGUCAGAAUUGUCUUUUUCGACCUCGGAAUUUACACAGAUGGAUGCCGCUAAAGUAAAGAAGGGUGCCGCAGGGAGGAAGGGCGGCGGUCCGAAGAAGAAGCCGGUUUCCCGGUCCGUCAAGGCCGGUCUGCAGUUCCCGGUCGGAAGGAUCGGCCGGUACUUGAAGAAGGGACGCUACUCUCAGCGGGUCGGAACCGGCGCUCCGGUCUACCUCGCCGCCGUGCUCGAAUACCUAGCUGCUGAAGUACUGGAAUUGGCGGGAAAUGCAGCCCGUGAUAACAAGAAGAACAGAAUCAUCCCUAGACACGUUCUUCUGGCAGUGAGGAAUGACGAAGAGCUCGGAAAAUUGCUGGCUGGUGUGACAAUUGCACAUGGUGGUGUUCUUCCAAACAUCAACCCUGUUCUCUUGCCAAAGAAGUCUGACAAGGCCACCAAGGAACCCAAAUCUCCAUCCAGGGCCACCAAGUCCCCCAAGAAAGCUGCUUGAGCUUUAUCCUCUCACCCAAAUUCAUUUCCCUCUGUAUGUAUAUUUGGGCUUAGAACAACUUGUUUGGCUGAUUUUUAGGGGAAAUUAGUGAAAAAGAGUGUCAUGGUUUUUACUCUGUUUAUGUUAGGAUUUCCUAUUGAUUCCAUGGAUGAAAUGAAACCACUCGUUUCUUUUGUUUGGUUAUUUGGUUUGCCCGUCAAUCAUAGUUCAAUUUUCAUUUUCAAUGGUCA